GAGCGGCGGCCGCGCGUGCGCGCGAGGGAGCCGGCGCGGAGAGCGCAGGGGCUGGUGCCAAGAUGGCGGAGCGCGGCUACAGCUUCUCCCUCACCACCUUCAGUCCUUCUGGAAAGCUUGUUCAGAUUGAAUAUGCUUUGGCUGCAGUAGCUGCAGGAGCUCCAUCAGUUGGGAUUAAAGCUGCAAAUGGAGUGGUGUUGGCAACUGAGAAGAAGCAGAAAUCCAUUCUGUAUGACGAAAGGAGUGUCCACAAAGUAGAACCAAUUACCAAACAUAUAGGAUUAGUGUACAGUGGAAUGGGUCCAGAUUACAGAGUACUUGUGCACAGAGCUCGGAAGCUGGCCCAGCAGUAUUACUUGGUUUAUCAUGAGCCCAUUCCAACAGCUCAGCUAGUACAGAGAAUCGCUUCCGUGAUGCAGGAAUACACGCAGUCCGGUGGUGUUCGUCCCUUUGGUGUGUCACUGCUAAUAUGUGGCUGGAAUGAAGGGCGGCCGUAUUUAUUUCAGUCGGAUCCAUCUGGAGCUUACUUUGCAUGGAAGGCAACAGCAAUGGGAAAAAAUUAUGUCAAUGGGAAAACAUUCCUUGAGAAAAGAUACAAUGAAGAUUUGGAGCUCGAAGAUGCCAUUCAUACAGCUAUUUUAACACUAAAGGAGAGCUUUGAAGGGCAAAUGACAGAAGACAACAUUGAAGUUGGCAUCUGUAAUGAAGCUGGUUUUAGGAGGCUCACUCCAACUGAGGUUAAAGACUACUUGGCUGCAAUAGCCUAGUAGAAACCGAGCAAGACUGUGUGGUUCACACAGAGGUCUUUUUAAUUUUGGCUACUUAAAUGUUUUUCUUUGCAGUUUUUGCAUACUUAUUUCUACAUGGUUUGUCUGAGAGAUUUUUUAAACAUCAUGGGUGCAAAUACAACGGUCCUUAAUAUUGUAAUACAUAAAAUCUUGUUAAAGAUAAUUCUUUCCCUUGAUACACAAAAUACUGUACAAAAUGUAAAGUUAUAGUGACAGCUUGAGAAAGGCUAAAGAAUAAAAUCGAAGGCCACUGUUUUGGGGGAAAGUGUCUGUGUGUCUUUUUAAUCCUAGCUUGUUUAUCUGCACAAAGCUUAGAUUUCAGUAUCUUUAUUUUUGAGGAAACAGUUUUUCCCAUACAGCUGUGAUGGAUUCAUGGUAGACCUUUUACAGAAUCUAAAUGUUGAGCGGACAGGAUAAUUUUUCACUUUGGAAUAUUGUUUAAAUGUUAAGUAAUUUCCAGAAAUGGUUUUAGCUAGUGUAAAAGAUCAUGUACUUUCACAAAGAGACAGAACAGUCUUCCAUUUCAGGUAUGAACUGCAAUCUACUUGAGCCUCUCUGCUUUUGACCUUCUUGGUCUUUGUGUCACAAGAACUUGUUUUCCAUUACGUAAGUUAUUUUCUUGGCCCUAGAAAUUGCACUUUUUCAACCCUGAAAUAUUGUUAGAAAAAGUAGAAGUAAUAAACUAAAUGCAUUUAUCACCAUCAAUAAAAAUCAAGAGGAGUUACAAAACAGAA